AAAACCAAGAAGUAUGAUUCGUUAAUUUCGUCAAAAUACAUGACCUCUUGUUUGCGCAUCUAUGGGAGGUAGUAUUUGAAGAUAUCAGUAUCAAGCGCAGAGAAACGGCCAGCUCUUCCAGUCCUUUUUCACUUAUCCAAACACAAAAGCCCUUCUUUCUUUCUUCGAUAAUGGAAGCUCGCAAGCUUUUGAAAUUAACCAAAACAGGAUGAACCAUUAGCAGACUCCAAAUCCACCUCCAUACGAAUAAAACUAUUUACAAUGGCGAUGCAAACUUCGCACACCGUUCUGUCAUUGAGAAGUUGCUCAUCGUUUACAAAAUCAUCUUCAUUCAGAAGGAUUGAUUUCAGGAUAUAUUCUUCCAUUGAGCUCUCAUCUCUCUUCCAUUUUUCAUAUUGCACUGUGUCAAAGAGAAGGUCUCGUGGGCCCGUUAUGGCUGCCAAGAAAGAAUCUAAAGGAACAAAGCAAGGAGAUGGAAAAUACAAGCACACUGUUGAUCUUCCUAAAACAACUUUUGGUAUGAGAGCAAAUUCUUCAGUAAGGGAACCUGAAAUCCAGAAAUUAUGGGAUGAAAAUCAGGUUUUCAAGAAAGUUUCUGAAAAGAAUAACGGGGGAACUUUUGUCCUUCAUGAUGGUCCUCCAUAUGCUAAUGGUGAUUUACACAUGGGACAUGCAUUAAACAAGAUCAUAAAGGAUAUUAUUAACCGAUAUAAGCUUCUUCAAAACUGUAAAGUGCAUUACAUUCCAGGUUGGGAUUGCCAUGGUCUACCCAUUGAGUUGAAAGUAUUGCAGUCAUUGGAUCAAGAUGCCAGAAACGGAUUGACACCAAUAAAAUUAAGAGCAAAAGCAGCUAAAUUUGCUAAAGCAACAGUCAAGGCACAAAUGGCAUCAUUCAAGAGAUUUGGAGUAUGGGCAGAUUGGGAUCAUCCUUAUCUCACUCUUGAUCCAGAAUAUGAAGCUGCUCAGAUUGAAGUGUUUGGGCAAAUGGUUUUCAAAGGGUACAUAUACAGAGGGAGAAAGCCAGUGCACUGGAGUCCUUCAUCACGCACUGCUCUUGCAGAGGCUGAAUUAGAGUAUCCUGAAGUCCAUGUUUCAAAGAGCAUGUAUGCAAUUUUCAAAUUACUAACUACUCCAACUAAAGAUGGAUUACUUGAUGAAUUUCCCAAAUUGUCCCUUGCUAUUUGGACCACAACUCCUUGGACAAUUCCUGCAAAUGCUGCUGUUGCAGUGAAUUCCAAGCUCCAGUAUGCCAUUGUUGAAGUGCAAUCACCUUCACCUUCACCUGAUGUUACUUCAUCUUCUGAAGAUGGAAAGAAGAGAAUUGGAAGUGUUUUGAAAGGCUCUGAGAUACCAUUUUUCAUUGUUGCAUUGGACCUUGUGUCAACACUGGAAUCCAAAUGGAAUGUGAAACUUGCUGUUAAGAAAACCGUUUUGGGUUCAGAUCUUGAAAAUUGCAGAUAUGCACAUCCAAUAAAUGGGCAAGAAUGUCCAGUUGUGAUUGGAGGAGAUUACAUCACAACAGAAUCAGGAACUGGACUUGUCCAUACUGCCCCUGGACAUGGGCAAGAUGAUUAUAUAACAGGAUUAAAAUACAAUUUGCCAAUAAUAUCCCCAGUAGAUGAUGAAGGAAAAUUCACUGAAGAAGCUGGAAUCUUUAAAGGGCUUGAUGUGUUAGGAGAUGGGAAUACUGCUGUAAUUGAUCACUUGGAUCAACUUUCAUCAAUUCUCAUGGUGGAACCUUACAAGCAUAAGUAUCCUUAUGAUUGGAGGACAAAAAAGCCUACGAUUUUUAGGGCAACUGCACAAUGGUUUGCAUCUGUGGAAGGGUUCAGAGAGGCUGCUAUGGAUGCCAUUAGUCAAGUAGUAUGGACUCCAUCUCAGGCAGAAAACAGAAUUUCUACAAUGACUUCAAGUCGUUCAGAUUGGUGUAUAUCGCGUCAAAGAACAUGGGGUGUCCCAAUUCCAGUCUUCUAUCAUGUAGAAACAAAGGAGCCUCUGCUAAAUGAAGACACUAUUGAUCAUAUCAAAACAAUUAUUUCCCAAAAGGGUAGUGAUGCAUGGUGGUAUAUGAAAGUAGAAGAAUUGCUUCCUGAGAAAUAUCGUGAUAAAGCAUCAGAUUAUGUGAAGGGAACUGAUACAAUGGAUGUUUGGUUUGAUUCAGGCUCUUCUUGGGCUGCUGUUUUGGAGACCAGAGAAGGCCUUCAUUGGCCUGCAGAUUUGUAUGUAGAAGGCACUGAUCAACAUAGGGGUUGGUUCCAAAGUUCUUUAUUAACCAGUGUUGCUACAAAAGGAAAAGCUCCAUAUUCUGGAGUUAUAACCCAUGGAUUUGUGCUUGAUGAGAGAGGUUUAAAAAUGAGCAAAUCUUUGGGUAAUGUUGUUGAUCCACGUUUGAUAAUUGAAGGAGGCAAGAAUCAAGAGGAAUCACCUUCUUAUGGAGCAGAUGUUCUUAGGCUUUGGGUCUCAAGUGUAGAUUAUACAGGAGAUGUUCUAAUUGGACCUCAAGUUCUUCGCCAAAUGUCUGACAUUUAUAGGAAAUUAAGAGGAACUUUGAGGUUUCUUUUGGGAAAUCUUCAUGAUUGGAAAGGUGAAAAUGCAAUUUCAUAUGAAGAACUUCCUGAGAUCGAUCAGCAUGCUCUGUUUCAGCUUGAGAAUGUUGUGAAGAGCAUUAAAGAAAGCUAUGAAAGCUAUCAGUUCUUCAAAAUAUUCCAGACAAUUCAAAGGUUUGCCAUUGUUGAUCUCUCAAAUUUCUAUUUUGAUGUUGCCAAAGAUCGCCUUUAUGUUGGGGGUGCUUCAAGUUUUACAAGAAGAAGCUGUCAAACAGUGCUUGCAAUUCAUCUACUCUCCAUAGUCAGAGUCAUUGCUCCAAUCUUACCUCAUUUAGCUGAAGACGUGUGGCAAAAUCUCCCUUUUGAAUAUACACUUGAAAACACUACUGAUAUAGCCAAAUUUGUCUUCGAGUCAAAAUGGCCUCAAGUUAAUGAAAAAUCGAUUUCAUUUCCUCAACAACAAAUUGAUUUAUGGGGGAAAAUACUCGAGUUGAGAACCGAGGUUAAUAAAGCACUGGAGACAGCUCGCACAGGUAAACUCAUUGGCUCGAGUCUCGAGGCAAAAGUUUACCUCAACUCAUCCGAUGAUGUUCUUUCUGAGAAAUUAAGGAACAUGUGUGAAGCUAAAAUUGAUGCAGAUUCACUUCAUCGCAUAUUUAUAACAUCUCAGGUGGAGAUUGUUGAUGCACCGAGUGAGAAUAUACCAUAUUCAGGGGAAUAUUUAAUUGAAGGAGAUAAAAAAAUAUGGAUUGGUGUAUCAAGGGCAGAAGGGUCAAAAUGUGAAAGAUGUUGGAACUUUACUCCACAAGUUGGUUCUUUUAUUGAUCAUCCUACACUUUGCAAACGUUGUUAUGAUGUUGUUGCUGAUCAACCACUUCCUGCUCUUGCAGCUGUUAGUUAAGUUAAAUGUGAGAAAUAGCAACAUACUUUGAUUAGAAUACAUAGUUAAAUUAUUUGAGGAAUAAUAAUUGCAUAAAAUUUUAAUUCAUAUUAUACUGAAUUAUUUAUUUUGACAAUUAAUUGAUUUCCUUCAAUUAUUUUUGAAGUUUAUGUA